GCUUGUUCCAGUUCAAUAUCUGGCAGUACGGAAAAUGGAUGGCCAUCCUUGUCGACGACUACCUGCCCGUGUUGGACGGUCACUGGGCUUUCUGUCCCCCUCUUGGAUGGCCUGGAGAGUUCUGGGGACCACUGAUAGAAAAGGCAUAUGCAAAGUGCCACAAAGCUUAUGAAGUGAUAGAAUCGGGAGACCCUUUAGAUGCCUUAACAGAUUUAACCGGCGCUAUAUGUGAACACUUCAUGACGUCAGAACCGCCGGAAGUACUCUUCAAUAUCCUCCUGACGUCACAUGAACACAAGUCCGUGACGUCAUGUUACAGGAAGUCUGAAACGCAGUCAGAUAAAUCCAGCAACAAUAAGAAUAGCCAGUAUUUAUACUUGGUCUGUGGUGUGACAUCG